AUGAGUGUACAAGAAAUGAAGAAUUUCGAGAUGACUACGCGAAAACAAUCCAUCAAUGCAAAGUUUUUUGGAAGAAGCUUACCAGGUUUCAGAGCCGCCAGCGACAAAGGAGUCAGAGUUGCCGUCGCCGUCCUGACCAAAUCAGGAAUCAUACACGAAUCCAUCGACGUGGUCACAUCCAAACGUCCAGUUUCUGAGCAGCUUGUGGAUUACCACAAAAACAUGAACGCUCACUCCUACCAGCAGUACAUGGAGAGAGUGCUUCCUGCAAUCGCAGCAGCAGCCCCUCCAGGAAGACAGCCGGUAUUGAUUCCCGUAUCUACAUCUACCAACCCAGUUAUUGCUGAGUUUUUUGAAAGUCAGGGUAUCGCGGUGGACCCCAAGUCUACGCAAGCAGAGCUAUGGGGUGAAGCGGAGCGGUUCAUGAGAGCGAAUGACGGCAGUGUCGUCAUGAAGAAAUACGCGGUGGAUGAGAUCGCCAAGGAGUAUGGAGUCAUAAUCAUUCGUCUGCCCCCUUAUCAUUGCAGCCUCAAUCCCAUAGAGUUGGUCCGACAGCGAGCCAUCGAUUUCCUCAAGAAUGUUUUCGAAGCGACAGCGGCGAACAUCAUCGCUCAUGCUAUCGAUGUGGAAUCCGAUUUGAGGGUUAUCAUGGAGGCUGCUUCAAGGGAUGGCGAUUCGGAUGACUCGGAUUAUGAAACACUUCUCUGGUAUUAA